UUUUUAUUUGAUAGUACAAGAUUAGAUCCUGCCUCUAUACUUCCUUGUUCGCACAACCAGCUUGUCGACACGUGAGAGCUCGCUCAUUUAAAGUUUCGCUUUUGGUUUUUAUCAAAUAGUAUACCAAGAAACUAUUAAAUUGACAAAGAUACAGGCGCUGAAAAGGUAAAUGGCCAUAUAUAAAUGGUCUAUAUUUAAGCUCAAUUUCACUUCAAGAUACACAUACUGAAGUUGUGUUUCGCAAUAAUGGUUGUCAGGGAACUGACAUUUGUUGUCUGUUUUUGGACUGUCUGUACUGCUGGGCAUGAAUUCUUCUCAUCAACAGAUCAAAUUGCACAGCUUGUUGAGAAGAAAAAAGACCUACUGAUGAGCUUCAGUCAGUAUAUUGAUGCUGAAGAAAAGAAUGUAGAGGCGAUGAAGAGUGUUUAUCUGGAUCUUCUUCUUUCAUACUCCAACCCUGUGGACCCUGAGGAAAUCACAAGAGACCCUGUGGCAGCUUACAAACUCCUCAGACAACUGAGAAAUGAAUUAAUACAUAUCAUAAAACACAUUCAACCAAGUUUUCAUCAAUGCAACGAGUAUCAGGAUGAGUUGGAGCUCCUAGAGAUCCCACAGCUGAAGGACUUGGAUGGUGCUGCUUCAGGGCUGAUCAGACUGCAAGAGAUCUACAAACUCUAUCCAGAAGACAUAAUGAAAGAAAUGUUGUUAAGUGCAGACGAAGCUUUCCAUGUGGGGUUGGUUGCUUAUAACGAAGACAAAUUCCAGCAUGCAUUUCUCUGGUUUUGGUACAGUCUGGACAAAUUAACAGAAUAUUCAACCACUACUGAGAAAGAGUUGUUACUUUAUGUUAUUUCCUCAGCAUAUCAUUUCGGCAGCCUACCUGUGGCAAUCUACUUCAACAAACAGCUUUUAAAUCUCGAUCCAACUGAUUAUGAAAUCAGAGAUCAGCUGAACAGACUCCUUCGCUUCCAGAGAAAAUCGAACCCUGACAUAUUCACACUGAACAAAGAGUCAAGAAGCUAUGAGAAAUUGUGCAGAGGAGAGCUUGACAAGAGGACCUUCAAGAGGCAGAGGGCGCUGUCCUGUAGGUACAGCACAGGUGGAGGAAACCCCAGACUGAUGUAUCCACCAGUGAAAGAGGAAGUGGAGUGGGACGAGCCUCCAAUCAUCAGAUAUCAUGACAUUAUUUCAGACAGAGAGAUAGAGAUCCUGAAGAACAUCUCUAGACCUCUGAUGAAUGAUGUGGAGAUAGGGGGGGCCACCGUCUUCCCUGACAUCGGAGUUGCAACGCGGCCAAAAAAGGGAUCAGCCGUGUUUUGGUACAACCUCCACAAGAAUGGUGAGCUGGAUUUGAAUACACGCCAUGCUGGAUGCCCUGUGUUAGUGGGUAACAAAUGGGUGGCUAACAAAUGGAUCCAUGAGUUUGGACAGGAAUUCAAGAGGCCCUGUUCUUUGUCAGAAUGGGAGUGAAAUACUCUACAUGAUAUUUGCAUCUAUAUUAUGUAAAUAUACAGUACCACAGACAAAUUCAUGUGAAUGUUUUACUCUAUAUGUUAUGUUUAUUAUGUAUCAUAAAAGUUGAUCUGUCG